UUUGCCUGCAAUGCUCUGAAACAGAGUUAAAAAUAAAUGUUUUAAGAAACUUAUGUUAAAAUUGCUAAGGAAUUGUAGUUUGUCGCACUUUACUUGCAUUAGGAGCAGAGGUAUGAGCAGCAAGCAGGCGCGGAAUGAGGACAAUAAGCUGGACACAUUUCGACGUAUUUGUGAUGAAAUAGCCGCAGAGGCGAGCUAUUUGCGAAAGGUUGAGAAACUGGAACAUUUCCUUAAGAAGGGCAGCAGCGGCUCAGGCUUCCAGGGUGACUUGUUGCAGUGGGUGCAGUUCCUCAUACCCGGCGCCACGCAACGUGUGUACAAUUUGCAGAACAAGGCAUUGCUCAAGUUGUUCGCACGCAUCUUCCAUGUCGACCAGCAGCAAAUGCAUCUGGACUUGGAGCAAGAUGGUGACAUUUCUGAAACCCUGCGCAAACACUUUGCCAGCUCCAGUAAACUCAAGCCGCAGGCACAGAGCAAACUUUACUUGCACGAAGUAGAAAAUAUGCUUUGUCAGCUGGAACAGCGCACAAAAGAGGAUGAGCAAACGGAGGUACUGCAAGAGGUGUGCAAACAGGCCACAGACUUGGAUUUGCGCACGUUUAUCAGGCUAAUUAAACAGGACCUGCGCAUUAAUGCACGUGCUAGGCAUAUACUGGAUGCCUUUGGACCAGAGGCCUAUCCAGCGUAUCAGAGCUCUCGCGAUCUGAAAUUGAUUGUAGAAAAUUUCGCUGGAACCCAGGGCAAGCCAACAGUGCUCAAAGGUCUCCCAAAGGCGGCCACCAAAAGCUCGAAGAAGGCAAUUGGCGCCAUUCAAGUAAUGACGCCUAUAUCGCCCAUGCUGGCCAAUGCCUGCAAGUCUGUGGAGGAAGCAUUUAAAAAGAAUCCUGGAGGCCUGUACAGCGAAGUAAAAUAUGAUGGGGAAAGAGUGCAAAUACACAAGCACGGCUCUGAGUUUAAAUUUUUCAGCAGGAAUCUAAAGCCGGUAGUAGAGCACAAAAUCAAGGAGCUAAAAGAUUAUAUACCGCGCGCCUUUCCCGGCGCCAGCGACAUGAUACUUGAUUCAGAAAUCAUACUGGUGAACACUAAAACCGGCGAGUUGCUUCCCUUCGGCACACUGGGCGCCCACAAGAAACAUACCUACGCCAAUGCGUCAGUCUGCCUUUUUGUCUUUGAUUGCUUGCUUUAUGAUGGCGAUGAUCUAACACGGCUCUCAUUUUGCAAACGCCGAGAGAUUCUGGAGCAAAACAUUAAGCCCAUCAAACAUCACGUACAGUUGUCCGAGUCGCAGUUUUUGAAAACUAAGAAUGAGUUGGCAUUGAUGACUGCCAAGGUGCUUCAGGCUAAUUUGGAGGGUGUUGUGCUAAAGAGUCCCGAAGGAACGUAUCAGCCGGGUAAACGUAACUGGCUUAAAGUAAAAAAGGAUUAUCUAUUUGGUGGUAAAAUGGCUGAUACGGCAGAUCUGGUCGUGUUGGGCGCUUGGUAUGGCUCUGGCAAGAAAGGCGGCGUGCUCAGCAUCUUUCUCAUGGGUUGUUACGAUGCACGCGAUCGUCUCUGGAAGACGGUCACUAAAGUGCACUCUGGCCUGGAUGAUGCCUCAAACGAUGAGGUACACGAGUCACUGAUAAAACUAACAGAGCGCGCCGAUGCCAGCAAAAUUCCUAACUGGCUGCUCUGUAAAAAAGCGCUAAUACCUGAUGUGCUUGCCAAGAUUCCAGAGCAAAUGCCGGUGUGGGAAAUUACGGGCGCAGAGUUUACACAGUCUGAGGCGCACACUGCAGCGGGGAUCUCCAUACGCUUUCCGCGCAUCACGCGCUUACGCAGCGAUAAAUCUGCAAUGCAGGCAAAUGAUCUGGAACAUUUGGAGCAGCUCUAUGCAGCCUCCAAACAAAAUGUCAAUGUAGAUCUGCUGCUGGCCAACUGUGAGGCAGACAGGGAUGGUGCCCUUAAAAACAAGCUUAAGCUGGAGAAGACGCCCCAAAAGGGCAAAGCACAUAAAGAGGCUACAGCGAGCAGCAGCAAAAAGCCAAAGAGAUCCAAGAGCGCCUCUGACGAUGAGGAGGCAACGCCGUCAAAAGGCCGCAGCUCACGAAAAAUGCAUAAGCUGGAGGUACCCACGGUUACAUCUCAAGGUAAUCUUAAAGAUUUUUUCAAGCCCAAAAUAAUGAAAGUGGAUGUGAAGAUUGAAAACCCGCCACUGGCCAGCACAUCGCCUGUUUACAGCAAGGAUAGCAAAUUAUUUAGCGGCCAGGAGGCGCAUUUUGUAGCUGAUGCAGCCCAGCCUAAGCUCAUGGAUGAAUUUGUGCGUCAUGGUGGCAUCUUGGCCAAAUGUGCAAAAAGGGCUAGCCUGGUAUUUCAUGACUGUAAUAAAAACAAGGAUUUGGCGCAGCUCAGACCUCUCUACCGUCGCAGCUGUCGUCAUCUCAACAUCAAAUGGCUAGAGGCUUCGCUCAAGAUGAAGACAUUACAGCCUUAUCCACUCUACGCGGUGCUUUUACAGUCUUAGCCAAGCUUUAUGACAUAGUUUACUGUUCACUUAGCACCUUAAUUAUCAUAUUAUUUAAAUUUGUACAUCUUGUUAUAUGUAAAUUUAAUUAAGGUAAUUAAAGUAAUACGCA